UUUAAGUGUGAAUAGUAAAAGUCGUUCACUCACUGUCACCGCGUCAGCGGAGCGGGGUAGCAAUGUCUAGUGUUAUUUGAAGCAAUAAUAGUGCCCUUCUUGUGCAAGGGAAGAAACGCAGGUAGAGAAAUAUUUCCGAAGUAGCCUUGUGGCAAGCAAGCUGACAAGCAUGGCAUUACUGGACUCAAAGAUCUUCCAUCUACCUAGAAAGUGGAUGAACGAAAAAGCUCCGCCAAAUAGACCUUACAAGCCGACUAACGUCGAACACGCCGCUAAUGUCAUCACGAAUGGGAUCUGGAUUCCAUUCAGCAUUUGGGGAUCAUUUUCCCUGUUGCACCGCUCCACAAAUUGGCCACAACUUUUAGUCGCUGUUGUUUAUGGAGUGUCGAUAAUUUCAAUUUUCACCCUGUCAACUGUUUUCCACUAUACGCUUUUCUGCCGCCGAGAAGGGCCUAUCAAAGAAGCCCUCCACAGAUGCGACCGGGCCAUGAUUUACGUUUUCAUAGCAGCCUCCUACUUUCCCUGGCUGACUCUGACUAGAGUACCUACCGAAGGUCUCGUUGCCGAGAUGUGGUGGUUGAUUUGGGUGUUUGCCUCCUUAGGAAUAAUUUACCAGCAGAUUUACCAUGAGCGAUUUAAGUGGCUGGAAACUAUUUUCUACCUGACAAUGGGAAUCGCACCUGGACUCGCGUUUUUAUCAAUUCAAUGGCACAACAAUUACUGGUUUCGAACAGAGUCGACGACAGUGGGAAUAAAGGUGCUGCUUCUUCUCCGUGCCGGCACCAAAAUCGAUAUUUCAUUUAUAUUUAUGCAUUCUAUAUGUAUCAUUAUCAGAUAGGCUGAUCAAGGCUGGUAAUUAAAACUUCCAAGUGUGCUCAUUUCGGUUUUAGCUACUGGCGUCGAAUUUUUCAGAAUGGGUGAGGCCACACACUCAAGCGCGUUGCCCGUUUCAUUCAGAAGCAGAUGUUUUACUUCGCAGAGGUCUCGCUAAAUUAUUUCAUUCAUAAAUUGCAGACAGAGAUGACUUUAAGUGUACGGGAAAAAAUUACAUCUCUGAGAUCAGCAUUGACUCGUAAUAUUAGGAAAAGCAUUAAAACAUUCAAAAAAUUUUAUUCAGCACACACUUGUCAACCAUUGGUAAUAAUAAAUUCGAUAAAUUCAGCCAUCCAAUUUUUUUAUCUUUUCAAUUUCUCUUGGCAGCAAUAAAGAUUUUUCAAGUACUCCUCGCUCAAUAUUAACCUGACUUGUUCAAAAAUCAAAUCGAGAGAUAUGCGGUGGAAAUAAUUAUUCUGAAGCAGGGUUACUAGCGCAAUCUACCGCCGCUGAUCGAAACGCGGUGCUUCUCGUGUUAUCCCGCGGAGCGUAUUUGCGCAAUUAACUUCUAGCAUAAAUUUAUGGCUAUUUCGUUUCUUAAAAUUGAAAUUAAAAUGCGUUUCUUAUAAUAUUGUUAUCUAUUGGUUUGGUGACAUAAUAUAAAGAAUUCAAUAAAUUAGAAAGUGCUAAAUCUAGAUUUUUUAAAAAGGCGCUAGGAGUUGAUAAACGAAUGCGUUCUAGAUUGGUUUAUGAACUUGUACAGACCGACCUAUUCGUAAAUGAGCUAAAAUCAAAAUUCUCUCUCACUUGUUCCGAAGCUUUUGUCAAGUUUGUAUAAGUAAUAUGAAUAUAUGAUAUAUCAAAAAGCAAAAUAUUGAUCCAAAAUUAUAUUAUACUCCCGCAAUGUUAAAUACUGAUUGGAAGAAAACGAAUUGUAAGGAUCGUUCCAUGUUAACCAGAUAUUCUUUUCAUGGAUAUCAUUUUCUUAUUUGCACAAAUUCUUGUUUUCACCUGGAUGUUCCUGACAAAUGUAAAUGUAGUUAUUGUAAUGCUGAUCUGUAUAGUAUCUACCAUAUUCUUGAUUGUCCUCUGAAACCUUUGACUUUAACCAAAGCUGCCUCAUAUAAAUGCUGGAAAUAGUUG